GAAAAUGAAGUCUCUAUAUGCAACCCAACAAGUGUAGAAAAGAGCCUGAAAAUAACCAAACUGUCUCUCAAAAUCUGAAUUCCUUAAAAAGUACAUAAGCCCUAAAACCAAAUUUUCUUUUCAUAGUUAGAUUCCUCCUCCCAAAGAAAACCCUAGUCCUCAUUUUGUCCCAUCCCGUUUUCUUUUGAAUGGUUGAUAUAACAUCUCAUUACAAUUCUUUGAUGCAAUUUCUCAUUUUUCUUUCUCAUAGGGCAACGGCGCGUUUCCUUUACGCGCCGUUGCUUGAUAUCUAACCAAUCAAUUCAAACCGAAACAAAACAAAACAAAACAAGAAAACCUAUUCAAAAUAAAAGAAUGAUGAAGAGAAAUGUGAGUGAGAAGCUGAUGUUACAGAAGCAAAAGAAGAGCAGUGAUCAUGAUCAUAAUCAUAAUCAUAAUAAUAAUAGCAACAACAAGAAGAAGAAGAAUAGGUUUUUGAUUAGUGUUAAUGUUCUUGGAAGCGCGGGUCCUUUAAGAUUUGUAGUGAAUGAAGAUGAUGAAGUUUGUGGAGUUAUUGAGACUGCGUUAAAGACUUAUUCUCGCGGAGGUCGUCUUCCUGUUCUUGGCUCUGAUGUUAACAACUUUCUUCUUUACUGUGCUAAUGCUGGCUCUGAUGCUCUAAAUCCAUGGGAGGCAAUAGGAUCUCAAGGAGGAAGAAACUUUGUGCUGUGUAAGAAACAAACACAAGCUCAUAUGACUCAAGCAAGGUCAGAUAUGAUUACCCAUAAGGCCUCUGGUUGGAAGGCUUGGCUUCAUAAGUCAUUUCAUUUCAAUGUUUUAUCCCAUUGAAUUUUUAAUUCAAGUGACAAAUAUAAUAUUUAAUAUCUAUUUUAGUUAAUAAAAGGAAAGAAAAAAACUUUGAAAUUAAUUUUCGAAUUUCAGUAAAGUCAUGCUUCAAAGCUUGACUAAGGGAUAGUUUAAUAUUCUAUAUGUAACUUGAAGGCAUAUAUUCUGUGUCCAUGAUUGGAAUAAUAUUACCUUAAAUUAUUAGUAUCUUGUACUACAUUAAAUGUCAC